UCAGCCGCUUUAGCCUCACUGGGCGCUAGAUGGGAGUGUCUGCUCCGUACCCGGACGAAGGCGGGGCGCCUGCUGGCAAAGCGCAUUUUCCAGCGCAAGCUGUUGGGGUGUGGGGCUGGCGAGAGAGGGAAAACAGAGGGUGGCGCGCCCACCAUCAGCGUCUGUGCAGCCCCACCUGCGCCGCGGGUUGGACUCAGCCGGAUCCUGCAGCCCUCAUCGAGCAAAGGCUGGGCGCGGCGCCCCCACUGCCGGGGAGGGAAGAGGCUGGGAGGACGCAACGGGCCCAGGCUGUGCCGGGCGGGGAGCCUCGGCAGGCAGCUGCACCCCCAGCCCCAGAGGGCUGGGGAAGGCCGGGCCGACCAGCAGACGGAAAGGGUGGCGCUAAGUCGCCUUCAAGCCCGCACUGCUCUCCCGGCCUUUCCUCCUGUCCUCAGAGUCAGCUCCCCCGCCCGGGACGUCCCGCGCCACUCUGCGCCUUUGGCCCUGGCUCAAGGUCUUGUGAUGUGAUUAGCAAAGCCAGCGCCUUGUCCUCAGACACUCAGCCCUGCCCGGCAGGCCCCGGCGCUCAAGCCCUGUUUACUGAGCCUGGGCGGGGAGGGGGCGGAGAAACGAGCCCGGGCUACACCAGCAAGACUGCCGCGGCGGCCGCCCGCGUGGCCAUCCCUACCCCCACCGCGACUCCACGUGCAGUCGGGCUGGAGCCGCCACCGACUGGACGCAGGCCCCGAUCCCCCGCCUCCUGGCCGGAGCACCCUUUGCAAACCCGCCGGGCCGCGGGAUGGUUGCGAUAUUUUGGCAUUUUGCAAUUCCCGCGCCCAGCACAAAACCGAAGGUGAGAGCUAAAAGCUCCACAGGUCCGCCUCGGAGAACAGGGCAGGGAAAGACACGUCCAGGGCUGCAGAAUCCCGGCCACGCUAAACGUACCGGGGCUCUCCGACCGCGCAGCCCCAGAACAGGAGAGCCGUGGCUUCCCGCCGCCACCCGGUGGCAUCCACUGGGGCCGAGCGCUACACGCCACACCGGCCGCCCGGGCCGCCAGCCCCGCCCGGAGGCCUCCCGCCCCCUCCCCCGGAAGAAAAAAAUUGGCGGCGGCCAAUGGGAGGCCGGGAAGGCGCCUGACGUCCGCGAGCGGGCGGGCGGCGUUGCCUGGAGACCCCGGCCGGGGCCGAGUUUUGUCCCCUCCCCCGGCGCGCCCGCCCCGCCGCAGCCGCACUCCCGGGCUCUAUAUAGGGCGCGCGCUCGCGGGCCGCCGAGUUCCAGCAGUCCGUGAACUGCCGUCGGCUCAGCGGGGGGGGCGGGCCGGGCACCCCGGGGCGCGGAGGAGCGCUUCUCGCUUCUCUCCUUCCCCCCUGCCGCACUCCGCCGGACCCUCCCGCCGGCCCGCACUGCUGCCCUCGCCCUCUCCUCUCGCCCCCCGGCAAACUUUCGGCCCCUCCCCGCCCCUCGCCCGUUAUUCGUCGUGGCUCAACCCCGGCCACACCGCCCCAAGGGCUCCUCCCGACCACCCGGCCUGCCGCUCCAGCCACUGCGGGAUCCAGAAACAUGUCGACCACACUUCUGUCCGCCUUCUACGAUGUCGACUUCUUGUGCAAGACGGAGAAAUCCCUAGCCAACCUCAACCUGAACAACAUGCUGGACAAAAAGGCGGUGGGGACGCCCGUGGCCGCCGCCCCUAGCUCGGGCUUCGCGCCGGGCUUCCUCCGACGGCACUCGGCCAGCAACCUGCAUGCACUCGCCCACGCCGCGCCCAGCCCCGGCAGCUGCUCGCCCAAGUUCCCGGGCGCCGCUAACGGCAGCAGCUGCGGCAGCGCGGCGGCCGGCGGCCCGACCUCCUACGGCACCCUUAAGGAGCCGUCGGGGGGCGGCGGCACAGCCCUGCUCAACAAGGAGAACAAAUUCCGGGACCGCUCGUUCAGCGAGAACGGCGACCGCAGCCAGCACCUCCUGCACCUGCAGCAGCAGCAGAAGGGGGGCGGCGGCUCCCAGAUCAACUCCACGCGCUACAAGACCGAGCUGUGCCGGCCCUUCGAGGAGAGCGGCACGUGCAAGUACGGCGAAAAGUGCCAGUUCGCGCAUGGCUUCCACGAGCUGCGCAGCCUGACUCGCCACCCGAAGUACAAGACGGAGCUGUGCCGCACCUUCCACACCAUCGGCUUCUGCCCCUACGGGCCGCGCUGCCACUUCAUCCACAACGCGGACGAGCGGCGGCCCGCGCCGUCGGGGGGCGCCUCCGGGGACCUGCGUGCCUUUGGCACGCGCGACGCGCUGCACCUGGGCUUCCCGCGGGAGCCGCGGCCCAAGCUGCACCACAGUCUCAGCUUCUCGGGCUUCCCGUCGGGCCACCAUCAGCCCCCGGGCGGCCUCGAGUCGCCACUGCUGCUCGACAGCCCCACGUCGCGCACGCCGCCGCCGCCCUCCUGCUCUUCGGCCUCGUCCUGCUCCUCCUCCGCCUCCUCCUGUUCCUCGGCCUCCACGCCCUCGGGCGCCCCGACAUGCUGCGCCUCCGCGGCGGCCGCGGCUGCGGCCGCUCUGCUGUACGGCGCCGGUGCCGAGGACCCGCUGGCGCCGGGGGCCCCGUGCGCGGCCUGCUCGUCGGCCUCGUGCGCCGCCAACGCCUUCGCUUUCGGCCCGGAGCUCAGCAGCCUCAUCACGCCGCUCGCCAUCCAGACCCACAACUUUGCCGCCGUGGCCGCUGCCGCCUACUACCGCAGUCAGCAGCAGCAGCAGGGCCUGGCGCCCACCGCGCAGCCCCCGGCGCCGCCCAGCGCGACCCUCCCCGCCGGGGCCGCCGCGCCUCCCUCGCCGCCCUUCAGCUUCCAACUGCCGCGCCGCCUGUCCGACUCGCCCGUGUUCGACGCGCCCCCCAGCCCCCCGGACUCGCUGUCGGACCGCGACAGCUACCUGAGCGGCUCCCUGAGCUCCGGCAGCCUCAGCGGCUCCGAGUCCCCCAGCCUCGACCCUGGCCGCCGCCUGCCAAUCUUCAGCCGCCUCUCCAUCUCCGACGACUGAGGCAAGAGGGCGCCAGUGAGGAGGAAGGGAAGGCGGUUCAGAGACGUUGGAGGACACCCCUCGCCAUCUCGCCCCCCUGCUGGGGGCACGGGAGUGGGGGGUGACAUGGGCCCCAGGCAGACUGCAAGCCCAACCGAGCACUUGGACUCGAACUCUGUGCCGGGAGGGGCCCCCACCCCUCCUUUUUCGGUUUUCUCUUUUUUUUUUUUCUUUAUUACGAAAUUUCAUUCUUUUUGAGCAAAAAAGUCGAGGAACUUUUUCUAUUGAACAAAAUAUUCACAACAGGGCAGUUGUGAUACGAAUAGAACAAAAAAAAAAAACACUUAAACUUCUUUAGGACUCCGAUGAGUUUGGGACUUCAGGAAAAAUCAACCCAACACCAGCAGCUACCAACCACCAUUCCAUCUCCUCACUUGAACAGCAUUAGUUAAGUCCAGAUGUGGGAACCCUUCUCUUGGAAGAAGUUCCUAAUUGUUUGUCUCAGACCGGUGUAAACAAACUAGCCAGCCACCACCUUGCUAAACCUAUAAGCUUUUUAGAAUCCAAUAUUCUGCCAAGAAUAUGCCUUGUUAGCCCUCAGCCCAUAGGUGUUUUUUGUUUUUUGACAGAAUUAUGUAUGUCUGAGGGUGAAAAAACAAACCCUUGCAUUCCAAAGGUCCAUACUGGUUACUGGUUUCAUUGCCACCACUUAGUGGAUGUUUAGUUUAGAACCAUUUUGUCUGCUCCCUCUGGAAGCCUUGCGCAGAGCUUUGUAAUUGUUGGAGAAUAACUGCUGAAUUUUUAGCUGUUUUGAGUUGAUUCGCACCACUGCACCACAACUCAAUAUGAAAAAAACUAUUUAACUUAUUUAUUAUCUUGUGAAAAGUAUACAAUGAAAAUUUUGUUCAUACUGUAUUUAUCAAGUAUGAUGAAAAGCAAUAGAUAUAUAUUCUUUUAUUAUGUUAAAUUAUGAUUGCCAUUAUUAAUCGGCAAAAUGUGGAGUGUAUGUUCUUUUCACAGUAAUAUAUGCCUUUUGUAACUUCACUUGGUUAUUUUAUUGUAAAUGAGUACAAAAUUCUUAAUUUAAGAGAUUGUAUGUAAUAUUUAUUUCAUUAAUUUCUUUCCUUGUUUACGUAAAUUUUGAAAGAUUGCAUGAUUUCUUGACAGAAAUCUAUCUUGAUGCUGUGGAAGUAGUUUGAGGAACAUCCUAUGAGUUUUCUUAGAAUGUAUAAAGGUUGUAGCCCAUCCAACUUUAAAGAAAAAAAUGACCACAUACUUUGCAAUCAGGCUGAAAUGUGGCAUGCUUUUCUAAUUCCAACUUUAUAAACUAGCAAAAAAGUGUUUGCUUAUUCCA